GCGUGUUGAGAAAGGAAGUGCAUCUCUGAUGACCAAUCAGCGGCGAGAAGUCGUUUUCACGCCCCUCCCUCUUCCACCCCCGCCUCUAGGGUUCCUACCCCCUCUUCCCGGCCCUGGCUCUGCGCGCCGCGGUCCUUCCCGGCGAUUGUCGUCUGCGCUCCUGCCUCGGAGUCCGGCGGCGACCUCUCUCGGCGGUAUGGUCGGCUCAGAGGCUGAAUGGGUAACAAUUGCCAAUAACCUUCUUUUUAAAUGUCAUAUACACCUGAGGAUGCACGAACUUGAAGAUUGUGAUGCUAAUGUUUUUAUUGCUCUUUAUCAAUCCAUUUUGGGAGAAAAGGUACCAGACCUCAUAGCUAUUCCCAGGAGUCAAGAGGAUGAGGCUCACAAUGUACAAGCAGUAAUUGAUUCACUAGCUUUGGAUUACCUUCAAGUCAGCUUGUCUCAUAUAACAGGAGAAAAUAUAGUGAAAGGAGACAAGGAAUCUAUCAAGAACCUCCUAGAAAUAUUUGAUGGGCUGCUGGAGUAUCUUACAGAACAUAUCAGUGAAACAUCUCUCAACAAAGGUGAAGGUGAACAGUACUUUAAAGACUCCCAUGGAGAAGAACCUUUGGAAGAGCUAGAAAGUACAAAGGGGUCCAAAUCAUCAAGGAAAAGAGUUUCUUUUGGGAGGUCCUCCUCAUUUGAUGCUUUGGGCCCUUCCUGGGAUGAAGAUGAAGAUGAAGAUGAAGAUGAAUCCGUGGGUGAAAUAAUUAGACUUGGAGACACAGCACAUACGUUUUCCCUAAGAAGUAAUGGUGCUCAAAAUUCUAUGGAUGUGCACUUUAGAAAAACCUCAGCCUCACCUAGUACUAAGCCACAUGAGGAAGUGAUCCACCCCCCAUGUAGUUUUCUGUCCAAGACUGGGACAUUUGUUGAAGACACAGCAGAAACCCCUUCUGUGACUGUGGUUACAAGUGCCCGAAAAUUAGGUGAACCUAUCCGUGCAGCUAUUCCUUUACACCCACCCUACCACCCUUCAGAGCCUCGGGCACCUUGCCCCGUAGGAAAAGAAUACCAUCGAUCAAGCCUCUACACCUCUGCUGUGACUUCUCCUGGAGAGCACAGGGCACUUUCUUUGGAACCAGAUAAUAAAGCUGUCCUAACUUCUACAUUAUCUAAAGAUGACGAACCAGAAACAUGUCUAUCUCUGCCUCAAAGCCCUAGGACAAGGAAGCUUCCUAAAGGAAAAAGAAAUGAAAACAGAGCUGUAGCUUCCUCAAAGGAUUCACCUUUACCUGAGAAGGCAAGAAAGGGGCUAACAGCACAGGAGCUUCAUGAAGUGUCAGAGAAACUCUCUCAGCGGCUCUCUGAGCUAGACUGGAUGUUAAAAAAUGCUCUGGGUGAUCGAAUAAAAGCUAAGACUGACCAUAAAGAUGGCAACACCGGGGAUGAAGAGGUGGAGAGUGGACAUGAGGAGAUCCUGUCUCAGCACAGUGACAGCAUCAUGGAGUAUGGGCUGAAGAAACCUAGGCCAGAACUUUCCAUGUUCAGAAAGCCACCUUAUAGGUCCCAUUCACUGUCUCCAUCUUCAGCAAACAAACACAAACAAUUACAGACAGAGAGAAGAAGGCAGUGCAAGGCAAAAGGAACAGAUAUUCUCCACUUCCGAGCAAAGGCAUUAACAGAAGCAUUUGAAAGGGAACUUACUAAAAAUAAAGUUCAAGAGAACAUUGGACUUGGAGGGACAAAUGACGACAAGGAGGAACCAGUGGGUAGAAGUCUCCGCUGUAAUAAGUGUCACUUGAUCAGAUCAGUGAAAAAUACAGAUCAUCUUUUUAAAAGAAGAAAACCAACAGGGCCUGGGUUAUUAGCUUUGCUUUUAGGAAAGGAAAAAAUAUACCAAGAAGUGAUUCCUAACAGAACUCCAAAACGUAGUCAGCCCCAGAAGAUUUACUCCAGGAAAACCACAGCUCAGAGUCCAAAAGGUGGCCUCUUGAAGUCAAAUAAAACAGCUCCAAUAAAAGUCAGUGAACACAGUCUCCUGCCCCUUAUGCUGGAGUACUUUCCAUUUCUCUAUGUGUCUGACCCAACACUAACCAAAAUGUGGAAACAGCAAAUUGCACAGGUUGAACAGCUCAAAAAAGAGGCAUAUAGAGAAAACCACUCCAAGAAGAAAUUCCAGGAUGAAAUAGAAGAAUCCCUGAAAAGGCAUGACCUCCUCACUGCCCUUGGCAAGAAGGAGUAUGAGCAGAACAGGAGACUGCAAGACUUCAAGGACCGCAUUCGUAGACAAAGGUUGACUCAAUCAAAGAUAAAAGAAAAUCGACAGCAAACUGUUCGUGCCCAGAAAUACUAUGAUGAUUAUAGAGUUCAGUUACGUGCAAAGAUGAUGAGAAUGAGAACCCGGGAAGAAAUGAUAUUUAAGAAACUGUUUGAAGAAGGUUUACAAAUUCAGAAGCAAAGAUUACGAGACCUAAGAAACUAUGCCAAAGAGAAGCGCAGUGAAGAAAAGAGACAGCACCAGAAUGAGCUGGACUCGAUGGAGAACUACUAUAAGGACCAGUUUUCAUUGCUGGCAGAAGCCAUAUCACAGGAACAUCAGGAACUCAAAGCCAGAGAGAAAUCCCAGGCUCAGACAUUACAUAAGGUGAAGAGAGAGCUCAGAGCAAAGAUGGAGAAGGAAAUCCAGCAGCUGCAGUACAUGAUAACACAGAGUGACGACGAUGCUUUCUUCCAGGAAUUGGAGGCUGAGCGCUUCAAAGCUCGGCUGCAGCUGGCUUCCUUCCAGUACAGUAAAAAUCCCUUACCAAGAGGCCAGACUUCAUAGAUGAUGUUUCCAGAGCCUUUAUAAUAUGGCUGGAGUUAGAACUGAGCCAGUAGUCUUUUUAAAAGACA